CUCAAAGAGCUUGAAUUAAGGCGAGAAAUGGGCAACCAUUAUCUGAGUAGCAACACACCGUAAUAUUUUGUUUUCUUUUUAGCCUGGAACUCUUUGCUUAUAAAAUUACUAUUUUUGACCGGUUUCUAAUUAAUUAGAUUACAUAAUAAAAGAAUACUAAUAUAAUUCAUACCAUACGUUUGGUAUAAGCAACGCUUAUUCGAUUUUUCUAGUGCUGUUAAGUGUAUCCACGGAUUUUAAAAGCUUGCUUGUUAACUUUGUUAUCCUAUGUGCACUUUUUUAAGAAUCUACAAAUGUCAAUUAACACAGCUAUUGUGAAGCACAUGUAAAAUAUAUUAACAACAUAAGCGCGGUCUAACCGCAAUACGACACAUAACCAUGUCGGCAAAGUUAGCUGAUCGUAUCGACCCAUUUACAGCAAAAGCAGCUGUCAAAUCUAAGAAACAGAAGCGAUCACAAGGAUCAUCACACUAUCGCGCAAAUACUGCACCAGAGCUACAGGCUUUACCUCAUUUGAAAGACACCAACCAAAAUGAACAACAAGAACUUUUUAUUAAAAAGCUUCAACAGUGUUGUGUGGUGUUUGACUUUAUGGAUCCUGUCACAGAUUUGAAAAGCAAAGAAAUAAAGCGUGCAGCAUUAAAUGAAUUAGUGGACUACAUUACAGCCACUAGAAAUGUCUUGACAGAACCUGUUUACCCUGAAAUAGUUCGAAUGAUUGCUUGUAAUAUCUUCCGAACGCUUCCUCCGAACGAUAACCCUGAUUUUGAUCCAGAAGAAGAUGAUCCUACAUUAGAGGCUUCCUGGCCCCAUUUACAGAUUGUGUAUGAGUUUUUUCUGCGCUUUUUAGAAUCUCCAGACUUCCAGCCCAGUUUGGCAAAAAAAUAUAUAGACCAAAGAUUUGUGCUUCAGCUUCUGGAGUUGUUUGAUAGUGAAGAUCCACGUGAACGAGAUUUUUUAAAGACCGUCCUCCACAGGAUAUAUGGGAAAUUUUUGGGAUUGAGAGCAUUCAUUAGGAAACAAAUCAAUAAUAUUUUCCUUAGAUUCAUCUACGAGACUGAGCAAUUCAAUGGUGUUGGUGAACUUCUUGAGAUUCUGGGUAGUAUCAUCAAUGGUUUUGCUUUACCUUUGAAGGCAGAACAUAGGCUGUUUUUAAUGAAAGUUUUAAUCCCUUUGCAUAAGUCCAGAAGUUUAAGCCUGUAUCAUGCUCAGCUUGCCUAUUGUGUUGUUCAAUUUUUGGAAAAAGAUGCUUCAUUAACUGAAGAUGUGAUAAAGGGAUUAUUGAGAUUCUGGCCAAAAACUUGCAGCCAAAAGGAGGUUAUGUUUUUAGGAGAAAUAGAAGAAAUUUUAGAUGUGAUUGAACCUGCCCAAUUUCAAAGAAUACAGGAGGAUUUGUUUUGUCAGAUAGCUAAAUGUGUAUCAAGUCCUCACUUUCAAGUAGCUGAACGAGCUCUCUAUUUUUGGAACAAUGAAUACAUCAUGAAUCUGAUUGAAGAAAACUCUAAUGUUGUGCUCCCUAUCAUGUUCCCUGCCCUGUAUCGCAUCUCUAAGGAACACUGGAACCAAACAAUAGUUGCCCUUGUCUACAAUGUCCUGAAGACUUUCAUGGAGAUGAACAGCAAGCUGUUUGACGAGCUAACAGCCAAUUAUAAAUCUGAGAGAGCAAAGGAAAAGAAAAGAGAAAAAGACAGAGAAGAACUAUGGAAAAAAUUGGAUCGGUUGGAAAUGAAUAGCAAGAAAACAAAUAAGAAAUCUUAACGUCUGUAUAUUUGUCACAGUGUGAAAGGCUAAGACCUGACUGUUAAUACAUAUUUAUUUUAUCAUCAUCAUUGAUAUAAAUAUAUAAAUAGUGAAUUAUACAAGUGAAUAAUAAUUUUCUUCUAUUUCCUCUCAUUUAAUGUUUUUUAUACUUUUUUUUUUUUUGUCUUUUGAGAUGGAUCUAAGCAGGACUGUACCUAUUUAUAAUUCUUCAGAUAAUCCACAACUGCUUUUGAUAGUGGCCCUACCCCAGUUCUCUUUUGCUAAAGAACAUUUCAAACAAUGAAGUUCUCCUGGCUUGAUUGAAUGACUGACUGACUGAUGAGGCAAUAAUGAAUGUACUGCACUGUUGAAGCAAAGCUUUUGAACUGUGUUAACAUGUCAGUGGAAGUCUCUUGAAGAUUGUAUAUAGAGAAUACAAUGAUGCAAAUAUUUGUGUGAUGAAGUCUUAUAUGUCAUGUGCCCUAGAAAUAAGUCAUCUAAAAAGUAGUAGGUUUUCUCAAGGUCAUAAUAUGCUCAUGAGCAUAAAACAAAAGUUACUCAAUGCUAAUGUUGCGGGUAUUUUCAUGAUGUAUCAAAUAUUUCGUCACCUAUUUAUACCUUUUUUUUUUUAGCCUAAAUGUGAAUUAGUGAAGAGCUCUUUCUUUCUGACACUUUUCUAGUUGUUCAGUCAUUGACUGCAAGUCAGGAGACUGUAUGUGUGUGUCUGUGCUGAUAUGUUAUUGUACAUAAGUCAACAAUUUGUCGGGUGAUGUUCUCAUUUAGGAGCUACAGACAAUUUUUUUAAACUGUUUUUUUUUUUUCCUAAUUAGUCCAGGUCAACUUUGUGAUAUAUUAAGUUUGUCUGUCUGACUGAUAGCAUCACACAGCAGGAAUUCUGCCUAGUAUUUUGUGUUCAUUCAGGUUUGAACAAUCAUUUGGUGUGCUGCAUACACUACUCUGUGUCCUCCCCCCUGCCCCCUAUCCAGUGAAGGCGUGUUAGAAAGCUGUGUUUGUGUCUAGGUUUAUACAUUUUUUUUAAUGCUGUUCAUCCUAUAAAUAAAUUUUAUGUUUCCUGAGAAGUGUGUUCUUUUGUUACUUCUUCAAAGUCCUUUGUCCUGGUCUGCUUGAGUUCUCUCUACUACUUGCUAACUUUGUUAGUCCACAAUGUGGGGUGAAGAUAUAGAGACUUGUAUUGGACUUGAGAAUCUCUCAUGAAGCACUGAAGUUGAUAUGGUACUUAAACCCUGGCCUAACUGAUGGACUUGCUUUUGCUGAUGUUGUGUUUGUGAGUGUGUGCCAUUGAAACUCUAUUGUUAUGUUUGAAGACAUUGGAAUGUUUAAUUUUUAAUGCAAUUGACAUUGUUAUGCUCUAGUAAAUUGCUUAUUAUAUUGUACAUGGUAAAGGACAUUUCCUUUUUACAUGCUUCAAAGAUGUGUAUAUUUUCAAACUGUUUCAGUCUUGUCUAUUUGGUUCAUCACAUUAUGGAACAACAAAAGUCAAUCUACUUUCUCCAUUAUAUUAAUGGAACCAACCAGAACAAGUAGUCAGUGGUGUCUGCACAUCUUUCUGUUCUACAGUCUCUACUCAUAGUGUCUUAGAUGUUGCAGCAAGUUGAAAUAGCUGCAUUGCUUUGCACUAAGUUUAUCGUUUGCAGGUCCAGAGUGUAUUGUGUAUAGCAGCUCCAACUAACCUUACACCAGUGUGAUGUCUACUAAACUAUUGACCUGUUUUAGACUCACAGUUAAUAAAACAAUGGAGUUUUUGUUGUAGAUUUCUAUUUGGUUGUGUAUCACAGCUCUCUAAGUAGAUUUGUAUUUGUGUAUCACAGCUCUCUAAGAUACAUCAGAGAGAAAGGAAGACUUUCUCUUAUUCAAUAGUGGGGUUGAGAUGACCCAGACAGUUUUGUGAUGACAAUUUUUUUGCAUUGUCUUGACUGGGUUUUUGCUUCUGGUCCAAACCCAUAAAAACUUUGUGUUGACUGCUUGAGUUGUUCAGUUUGUAUUCAAUCUUUUCAAUGUAACAUUGAUUUCAUGUCACUUUUAGUUUGCUUUUUUUUUAAACCAGUCAGGACACAUUUUACAUGUUGUUAGCUAUUGGCUAGUGUAGAGGUCAAUUCUCUCAGCCUGUAUAUGUGUGUGUGUGAUUGAUAGGGUCAGCCCUAGUGAAUCAACUUGUUCUAAGAUGACCAGCAAGUAGUCCUCUGGUAUUCUGGCUACAUACAUUAACCUGUUUGUUUGGUCAAUGUCAAAGCAAUUAUCAGUUGAAAAUUAUUUAAGCGAAUGCAUAAUAGCUGCUCUUGUUUUCAAUGGAAUACAGUGGCUUAGAUAGGUUGAGACAAAGAGCUAUGUUCUGUUGUUUCAUUGAGUAGUCCACUGAAUGCCAGUUGUGUAUUUUAGUAGUUAUGUUUGUUUACUUAUGUCUGUUGUGGAAUAAAUUUAGAAACCUA